AUGGGGCUCAAGGCGCGCAGGGCGGGGGCGGCUGGCGGCGGCGGCGACGGGGGCGGCGGAGGCGGCGGGGCCGCUAACCCGGCCGGGGGGGACGCGGCAGCGGCCGGCGAUGAGGAGCGGAAAGUGGGGUUGGCGCCUGGCGACGUGGAGCAAGUCACCUUGGCGCUCGGGGCCGGAGCUGACAAAGACGGGACCCUGCUGCUGGAGGGCGGCGGCCGCGACGAGGGGCUGCGCAGGACCCCGCAGGGCAUCGGGCUCCUGGCCAAGACCCCGCUGAGCCGCCCUGUCAAGAGGAACAACGCCAAGUACCGGCGCAUCCAAACUUUGAUCUACGACGCCCUCGAGAGACCGCGGGGCUGGGCGCUGCUCUACCACGCGCUGGUGUUCCUGAUUGUCCUGGGGUGCUUGAUUCUGGCUGUCCUGACCACGUUCAAGGAGUACGAGACCGUCUCUGGAGACUGGCUGCUGCUACUGGAAACGUUUGCUAUUUUCAUCUUCGGGGCUGAGUUUGCUUUGAGGAUCUGGGCCGCCGGCUGCUGCUGCCGGUACAAAGGCUGGCGGGGACGCCUGAAGUUCGCCAGGAAGCCCCUGUGCAUGUUGGACAUCUUUGUGCUGAUCGCCUCUGUGCCCGUGGUUGCCGUGGGAAACCAGGGCAAUGUCCUGGCCACCUCCCUGCGGAGCCUGCGCUUCCUGCAGAUCCUGCGCAUGCUGCGGAUGGACCGGAGGGGCGGCACCUGGAAGCUCCUGGGCUCCGCCAUCUGUGCUCACAGCAAGGAACUCAUCACUGCCUGGUACAUCGGUUUCCUGACGCUCAUUCUGUCUUCAUUUCUUGUCUACCUGGUUGAGAAAGAUGUGCCAGAGGUGGAUGCACAAGGAGAGGAGAUGAAAGAGGAGUUUGAGACCUAUGCAGAUGCCCUUUGGUGGGGCUUGAUCACACUGGCCACCAUUGGUUAUGGAGACAAGACACCCAAAACUUGGGAAGGCCGUCUGAUUGCUGCCACCUUUUCCUUAAUUGGAGUCUCCUUUUUUGCCCUUCCAGCGCUGGGUCUCUUGGAUCGGGUUCGCCUUUCUAAUCCUCGUGGUAGCAAUACUAAAGGAAAGCUAUUUACCCCUCUGAAUGUAGAUGCCAUAGAAGAAAGUCCUUCUAAAGAACCAAAGCCUGUUGGCUUAAACAAUAAAGAGCGUUUCCGCACCGCCUUCCGCAUGAAAGCCUACGCUUUCUGGCAGAGCUCUGAAGAUGCCGGGACAGGCGAUCCCAUGGCGGAAGACAGAGGCUACGGGAAUGACUUCCUCAUUGAAGACAUGAUUCCCACCCUGAAGGCCGCCAUCCGAGCUGUCAGAAUUCUACAAUUCCGUCUCUAUAAAAAAAAAUUCAAGGAGACGUUGAGGCCUUACGACGUGAAGGAUGUGAUCGAGCAGUAUUCCGCAGGGCAUCUCGACAUGCUUUCCAGGAUAAAGUACCUUCAGACGAGAAUAGAUAUGAUUUUCACCCCUGGACCUCCAUCUACUCCGAAACAUAAGAAGUCUCAGAAAGGGGCAGCAUUCACCUACCCAUCCCAGCAGUCUCCCAGGAAUGAACCAUAUGUAGCCAGAGCAUCCACAUCAGAAAUUGAAGACCAAAGCAUGAUGGGGAAGUUUGUAAAAGUUGAAAGACAGGUUCAGGACAUGGGGAAGAAACUGGACUUUCUCGUGGAUAUGCACAUGCAGCACAUGGAACGGCUGCAGGUGCACGUCACAGAGUAUUACCCGGCCAAGGAGGCCUCCUCGCCAGCUGAGGGGGAGAAGAAAGAGGACAACAGGUAUUCUGAUUUGAAAACCAUCAUCUGCAACUAUUCGGAGACGGGCGCCCCUGAACCCCCCUACAGCUUCCACCAGGUGCCCAUCGACAAAGUCGGCCCCUAUGGGUUUUUUGCACAUGAUCCUGUGAACCUGCCCCGAGGGGGACCCAGUUCUGGAAAGAGCCAGGGGACUCUUCCUUCCUCAGCAGCAACGUAUGCAGAAAGGCCCACAGUCCUGCCUAUCUUGACUCUUCUUGACUCCCGAGUGAGCUGCCACUCCCAGGCUGAACAGCACGGGCCCUACUCGGACCGAAUCUCCCCCAGGCAAAGACGCAGCAUCACACGGGACAGCGAUACGCCUCUGUCCCUAAUGUCAGUCAACCAUGAGGAGCUGGAGCGGUCUCCCAGUGGCUUCAGCAUCUCCCAGGACAGAGACGAUUAUGCCUUUGGCCCCAGUGGGGGGUCAAGCUGGAUGAGGGAGAAGCGGUACCUCGCCGAGGGUGAGACGGACACAGACACGGACCCCUUCACGCCCAGUGGCUCCAUGCCUCUGUCGUCCACAGGGGAUGGGAUUUCUGAUUCCAUAUGGACCCCUUCCAAUAAGCCCACUUAAAAGGGGUCACUGGCUGACCCCUCCUUAUAAUGUAAACAGACUUUGUACAGCUCACUCACUCUCACACCGGACACUUACCAGCGGGGACACCAAUGGCUGCAUCGAAUGCAUGUAUGUGCGUGGUGGCCUCCACCCAGGCAGAGGCUUCCCAUGGCCUUCUUCCUCCCCAUGUUGCCACGACGAAGCACUUCCUUUUCAGCAUGGUUUGCAUGACUUUACACUAUAUAAAUGGUACCGCUAAUCUCUUCUAGGAUA